GCUUUACCCCGGAAGAGGGCCACUUAGUCUGGUAUAAAGAGAUGGUGCCUCGUCCACUAGGACCAAAAUGGCGUGGACCUGCUCGCAUCUGCAAGCGACUGGGCCCUGUUUCAUUUGAAGUUCAGCACCUGGAUUCUGGCAAGGUUCUCCGCGCCCAUCUUAACCAUCUAAGACCUUACAAAUCAUCAGAAGAACUUGCUUAUGCUGAUGUUGAAGAGGAUCCUGAUGAGCUUCCUGAAGAUAAUGAUCCAUGGGUAGCAAUUCUCACGUCAUGUGUUUGGGAUCCUGGUAUUCAUGCUGUUAUCAUUUUGUUUGGGAUCUUGUCGGCGGUAACAGAACCUUUGCAUGUUGUCACAAGCUGCAUGUUAGAUAAUAUAAGGACUCUGCUUUCCAUGAGUCAUUGGCCUUGUGCCACAUGGAUGUAGAGAUUGCUGUUAGAGGUACUUUCACAGAUGUUAGGGACUUUACUUUCCAUGCGUUAAUGGCCUUGUGCCACAUGGGAGUAGACAGUGCUGUUCCUAAGAAGUUAGGGUCUCUACUUUUUGUGCGCCAUUGGCCUUGGGCCACACGGAAGUAGAGGUUGCUGUUAAACGUAAUUGACGCUACUGCACACUGCGUCACCUGCAGAUAAUGCUGUCCUCAUGAAAUACUGCAGUUCCCCUAGAAUGGACGAGUGACCCAGUGGUGCUUCUAAAGGUGAACUAUUUGGAUGUUUUCAUAUUGCACUUUCGUGAGUAUGAGAUCACAUUGUUACUCUGUUGUCCGCUCCACUUGAAAUAUCAGGACUCAGGCUUGCUUCUCUUUUCAGGUCUCCGCUGACUGCUUCGACCCCGAGCGGGGGGAGGAAUCUGUAAGGAACCUUCUCAUUCUGCAACCCUUCCCGCGAGCAUCCUACAAUGUCUCUCACUCCCGCGGAUUUAUCGCU